GGAAAGAGGCUAUAUUUAAAGAAUGCAAAUAACUGAUAACUAAUUAUGUUUUUUGAAGUAAAUUUAUUAUUGUAUUAAUGCCAAUACGUAUAAAUAAAUUUGUUGAAAACGGAAUCUGAAGGUGUAUGCUUACUUUGCAAACUCACCGGGAUUGUGAAGCGUUAGCUGUUGUGUAUGAUUGUAUGUACAUAUUUCUACUUCUAUCAAUUUUCAAAAACAAACGAUAUUUUGUUCGUUGCGUUGUGAAUCUUCGAGAUAAAAACGAAAAGGCGGGAAGAAAAGAAAGUAAAAGAAGGGAAAGUUAAAGAACAGAAGACAGGUCUAAAGUCGUACAUACAGUUUAAACAAGAUAAUAACAUUUCGUGACGUUCAGUGUUUGUAAAAUAGACACGAGCGGACUUGCCCUUAUAGGAAGAUCUGUGAUGAGAUGAGUGAAAUAUUGUUAUUUUAAUACCUUGUGCAACUCAAUUUUCUAGAAUGGCUUCUAAUAUUCCACUUUUUCCACGUAUGCUGAAAAUGCUGCGGGAAAAUAGUAAUAUUAAAGAUAAACGCGAAGCUUUAACCUAUAUUCGUAGACAAUUGAGUCAAAAAACCAGAUUGAAACUUCUUAAAUUAUUAGAAAUAGUUGAGGAUAGUGCUAUAUCAACAGUUGCUUACGAUGCUCAUACUUUGAACUUUUUUAAGAAUUGUAUGUGUACAAUACAAGCUAAUACAAUGCCAUGGAUAGCACCAAAUGCGUGCACAGAUAAUAUUGAAGCUUUGACAGAAGCUGAAAACAAACAGUUAUCAGAUGACCAAAGAUUAGAAGAGGAAACAAUUAAUUAUUGUAUGAUUUUGUUACGGAGGCUAUAUAAAGUUGCUGCAGUAACAUCAGACACAAAAGUUCAAAGGUUUCAUGCAUUAUUGUUAGACAAAAUAAUGCUAUUAGCUUAUAUGGGUCAUAGAAGGCAACGAGGUCAUGCUUUAAAACUUUUGGAACAAUCUCUUGCUACAGAUAUAACAUCAUAUGUUCGUACUAAAUUACCAGAAGUAUGGACUCAGUAUAAAUCAGCAUUGCAAUCUAUAUAUUGCAAACGCAUGUUACUUUUAGUAUCUGCGUGUGAACUAGAUUGGGCUACACAGUGGAAUGUUAGUAUUCAAUUUCUUGGUGUGGACCUUCAUCGUGGUGCUGGUUUAAUAAAUAAUUUACUGAGUGUCGAAGAAAAAGCAUUUAAGUCUACAGAUACAAUUCUACGCAGACAAGCAUUUCUGUCAUGGAAAUUACUGGUGGAUAAUUUUGCAUUAGAUCCACAUGAACUAGCUACUGCUAGACGAAUAAAGUUGUUGUGUGUUCCACUAAAUGCUAAAAAUAGUAAAAGUGAAUUGAUAGCAUUAACAAAAUUAGAAGUUUGGUGGCAUGUGAUUAUCAAACUUUAUAAGGAUAUUUCCGAUUUUGUCAAUCCAGUAAUCACACAAUUCUUGAACUUUUGUUUUGGACCUCUUGGAGAUACACCAUUAAUAUCUUCAAAAUUUGAAAUAGUGGCAUCACCAGGGAAAAGAUUUUAUAAGACUAAAAUUAUUGCUGUAGAUGCUUUAUGCCAACUUCUGGUCUCAAGACAAGAAAAUAAUGCAGUAUUUUCACCAGUUCUGGAAGAGAGACUGCCUCAUGCUCUACCUGGUUCUCUUUUUCAAGAGUGUUAUAAGUGUUUUAUUCAUAGUAUAGGAGAAGCUUGGCUUGUUCUUAGUCAACUUACGGAUGCGGAAAUGAAAAAUAGACACCAAAUUGGUAAAAUAUUGUGGUCAAGUUUAGUUAAUUACAUACAGGAAUCAAGAACAGAAGUAAAGGAAAUAAUAUAUAAAGACUUAAUACUAGUUAUCACAGAAUUGACGAAUUGUGCUACAGAUAAGCCAAUGAUCAAAAAUCUAAUCUUUGAUACAAUCUUACCUGAAAUUGUUGAUCUUAAUAAGAAUUUUGAUUUUGAAGAUGAUUUAUUAUUAGCACUGAUAUUAAAGCUUGUUCAAAUUCCACUACUAAAUGAUGCUAAGAAUGUAUUAAAUCUCAAACGAAAAACGAGUAUUAUUCCCAUGCACUGAAAUGUUUGAAAGAAAUAUAUGAGAAGUUAUCUACACUAUUAAGUGCUGAACAGAAAAAUGAGACUGUAGUUUUUGAAUUGUGGCGAACUUUAGCAGAAGUACUAAUAACAUAUAUGGAUGAUUUACAAGAAAUUAAUGAGGGAAAUGCUGCAGGACACAAUUUAAAGACUGUUGAAUCAAUAGUAAUAUUUCCGUUUAUGUAUAUGAGUUUGGAAGACCACAAGCAAAUACAAGAAUUGAUCAAAGUUUGGAAACAGCUCUAUAAACAAUUAGAGAUGCGAGCAGAUCUCAUUGAAACAGUAAAGUCUAAUGAAAUUUUAUUAAGCAUUGCAAAUGCUAUGCAGUGUUGUAUAGUGAAAAAUGAAAAAUCUUGUCGUUUAAUUACAAAAUGUUUAGAUAUUUUAUUAAGUACCGUCAACUAUAAAUUUUUGUUGGCGAAUGUAGAAGUUCCCUCUAUUAUACAUCUCAUUAUAGAACUUAUAAGUUGCUCUUUAUCCAAUUCAAACAUUGCAGAAUGUGAAGCUAGUCUUAAAGCUCUCUCUGCAGUACUUAUUACAAUUUAUGGUCACAAUCCUCAAAAAGUAAUAUCAUAUUUACAAGUUUGUAGACCGGCGAUUGAACUGAUACUUUCGUCUAAAAUAGAUACAAUAAAUAAGGAAAUAAUAAGUACAUGGGAAACUAUUGUCAGUAUUUUCAAAGGUCUGAAUAAAUUAGUUGAUUAUGAUCUUCUUUUAUCGUACAAGAAAGCUAUCAUUCUUGCUUUAAAUCAUAGAAAUCUUGGCAUACAGAGUCAAGCAGUAUCACUUUUUGAUCUUAUGAAUGUGUUAAGUGGAAAUGCCAAAUCAAUAUUUCAAGACAUAGAAACAGAGACAUGCAAAGAUAAAAUAUCACGUAGACGAGAAGUUACCAAAAAAACUGAUGCUACUGAAAAGUCACCAAACCAAAUUAAAAUGGUUGGUAGUUUCUUAAAUAGACGCUCUUGCAGCCCAAAAGCUAUAGUGAAAGAAACUAUCAAAACCGAUAAGAAAGUAUCACCUGAUACUAAUUCUGAGGAUUAUGUUUUCAUCAAGACUGACCUAAAAUAUGAUGUGAGUCGUUUAACCGAACAUCAAAAAGAAUCUUUAAAGCGAAAACGAGAUGAUAUUCCAGCACUUUAUAAUGACUUAUCGCAAUCUUCUUCACAAGAUACGCAAAAUUUACAAGAAUGGUUUGACAAGAAGAAUGAUAUUUUAGCGAAAAAAGAUAAUAUUUCAAUGAAAACCACUAUUAAUGACGAGGCAAAUAAGGAAAACAAAUUGAGAACAAUAGAAUCAGAGAUUGUAGACAAAACGGCUAUUCAGAAUGAUGCAGUGCCGGUAGAACAUGUUGGACAAAAUGCGAAAGACAUUAUAGAAAACAACGAAAAUUUAACCAUAACAGAUACAAUGCCAGAUACUUUUGAUAAUUCUACAGAAAGCGGCACAAAUCUUGCUUCGCAAGAAGAACGCUUCAUGAAUAAAGGCCGUAAUCAAUGCCUAUCACCAUCCAUUUUAGAUAGUGGCAAACGUCGUAAUCGACAUAGUACAAUUGCAAUGUCUAGUAUUUCUCAAAAAAUAGAAGAAACUAACAGUCAACCAGGACAGUCUGACGCAACUACAAUUAAGGAAAGAAGCUUAAGAACAAAAAGAAUUCAUAAGGAAAGUAUAGCUAAUAGACUUGCGAGUGAUUCGAAAAGUAAAUUACCUGAGACAGAGAAAAGAGGUGUCAAACGUAAAGCAACUUCGGACAGUGAAAGUGAAAGUACGAAUCCACGUAGACGCUACAAAAGUUCUGAUCGCGACAGCCCCAAAUUUACAGAAAUUGAUACUAUGGCAACAAAUAUGGAAGCAAUAACCGACGACGUAAAUUUGAGUCAACGAACUAGGAAUGAAAUAUCGCGAUUACGUAUAAACAUGGUAUUUGAUACUUCUGUACGAACUAGUCGUCGAUCCAAGGGUCAGGAAGAUAACGUUAAAGAAGUUGUUGUUAGAAAACAAUCACCUGAAAUUAGAACGUCUAAAUUGAAAACUGGAGACAAAACUAUUGAUUCUUUGAAGAAAAACCUUAAAAUUAAUGAUAAAGAAUUAAAUAAAGGCCACUGUGUAAAGAGAGGAACUAAAUGGACCAAAACAAAGCCAAAAACAGGCAAAAAUAAUGAAUUCGCUAAAUCUGAAGAUGUAAACAUAAUAUUAGAAAAUAAAGGAGAUGAGGUGGAAGAAGAAAAGCAACUAGAGGAAAUGGCAAACAAAGAAGGAGAGAUUAGAGAAGAUAUCAAAGAUGGAGAGAAUCCAGAAGGAGAGAACAAAGAAGGAGAGAACAAAGAAGGAAAGAACGAAGGAAAAGAGGACAAGGAAGGGGACGAGGAAGACAACAAAGAAGAGAACAAAGAAGAAGAGGAUCUACAGAUAGAUAUAUCAAAGACUGCAGUAGGAGACAUUGAAAGUGUAGUAUCCAAUGCUAAUGAAGUUAUAACGCCUAAAAUUGUAGAAUCUAAGGACGAUGGACGGAAUACUGAAGUAGAAUGUAAAGACGUUGCUGUCGGUGAAAGUAUUGUAAUAUCUAAAGAUGUAACAUUGGUUGAACAGCAAACACAGACUGAAGAUGAUACAGAAGAUAUAAUUGAAAACUCGCAGGAUAUAACUGAAUUACAAAAGAAGUGUAGUGAGAAACAGUGUUUUAUCAAAAUUAAUAAAAUUGGCGAACCAUUGCAAUCGCCAAAAUUGCACGGGACUUCAGGUGAUGAAGAGGUGGCAAGCAUUGUUUCAAACACUUGUGAUAGUGACAAUAACGAAGUUCCUAAAGAUAAUAUUAAGGAAUCUGAGGAAAAUAUUGAAGGUGAUUCCGAUAAGCCAAAGAUAACGACUUCAACCACUGAGAAUUUGUAUGAUAAUGGAAAAUAUGUUAUAGUUGAAGUACAAAAAAUUAACGAGGGAUCAGUGGUUAAAUCCCUUCUUGGGCUUUCUUCACCAAAAAAUAUGACCAAGCGCCAAUUAAAAUUUAAAACUUAUGCUCCGCAAGGUCGUGCAGCACAUAUGUUAGGGUUAGUGACGAAACAAGCAAAGAUGGAAUCUGAAUGUUACACUAUAACUAUAGACGAUGAAGCUGCAAUAAAGAAACUCAAGAUUAAAGAUACGGAAAUCGAAACAGCAAAGAAAGCCGAUAAAGUAACGGCGACAUGUAGUAGUCGACAAGAAAAAAUUUUCAACAAUAUGAAAUCAUCCGACUUUUGUCCGUCACCUCCAAUAAAAUUGUUUUCUAACUUGAAAAAUGAUGGAGAAAAAGUUUUCUCGAAAAUUGAUAAAAUAGAAGAUUCUGUAUCUGUUCAAACUGAUGCUCAAGUGGAAAAAGUGAUCGAGGAAUCUUCAACCGAAAUGGAGGAAUUGCCAAUUUUAGAGUGGUCAAGUGCAAAUCCACCUUCGUUAACCGCAUCUCCCAGCGUUAGCAUUCUUAAACGUCAACGACAGUCUUUACCAGAACCAGAUCCAGAAUGCACGACUCCUAAUAAGAGAAAACGAGUAAGUUUUGCGGAUCCUCCAGUAUCAAAAGAAAUGGGAUACGAAAUUGUUGUCAGCGAUUCUGCGCACAAAUUUAAUAAAUUCCUUUCGCGCGGUUUGAGCCGUAAGGAUUCGCCUAUGAGGAUGAAGCCUAUUAAACCGAGGUUGCUACACGUUGAGGCCGAGAAGAUGGAGUGCGAGGAAGAAACGGACGUGACGAACGUAUCCGAACUUGAUUUACAGUGCGAACGGGAAAAUGAGUUGCUGACGAAAAUAGCCGAAGACUUGGAGUAUUCGGAGAAUUUCGCAAUAGAUGCUGACAACGGACAGGUGUCUUGCAAUCCUGUCGAAAACGAAUUAACGAGUGAGCAGCCCAUAGCUCGUAAAAUUGAUAACUUAAGUGGGGAAUUCGAAAUCACACAAAAUACAACAUUUUCCACACACAUGGAAAGUAAACGGAAUAAUACCACGGACACUACGGAAGGAUCUGAUGUCAAAACAGAGAAUACUAAAGCUCCUGUAACCGAUACGAACGACAAUCUAUUUAAUAGCGUCGAAGAGAGACAUGACAAUGCAAGCAAAACAGAAAGUAAUACCAAUGAUAACGCAGACGAUCAGCGCAAUGUCUCUGCGCAAAAUAAACCAGAGGAAUCCCUUAAGUACAAUAUCGCGAACGAUUCAGUUAUACAAAGUUCAUGUAAAAUCCAUGCGAAUUCAGAAAAUUUGGAGGAUACGGUGGAGGUACAGAACAUUUCUAGCUUGAAUUCCACAGCAAACUCUGAUGAAAUUUUCUGCGGAAAAUUGGUGCGAACUAGUACGAAAGCAGCAGACAACGUGGAAGAACAAGAUACUUUGCCAGUCACGGACUCUGUGUUUGGCAGUUUAAAAUCGACUAACGACAGUCAAAAUGCAAGUCAAUUCGACGUAGACAUUCCUGACCCGGAUCUCUUGAAUUCCACGCAGCCCAUAUAUCCGUUGCUGAUUUCCUGUACAGAGCCCAUAAAGUCUAUCGUCGAGAAAUUAACGAAUCCUCUCUGGAUACGGCAUUUAGUUUCGUAUCUUGAAGAAAGAAACCUUGAAACGAUCGGCGAUCUUGCGCAACUAUCCGAACGUGAAGUAAAUAGGAUGCCUGUGAAAGGUAAAAUAAAGGUCGAGUUAGUAAAGAGUGUCCUAAAACAGUACGAGGCGACACUUGCUGUGAAUAAAUCAAACGAUGCUACGGAACGAUCGAAUGACGCUUUGCGUAGUGAAGCACUUCUCAAUGAAAAUACCAGCGUACCUGUGUCUGAAACAAAAGCACCUUCUAAACCCAUUUCAAAUGAAAUUGCAGCGCAAGAAAUUGAGGAACUAGAAAUCAAGACAGAAAUACUUGAUUCGCCUGAAAAUACAAUAGAAUCGCCACUGCAAGCCGAAGAUACUGUUUUGGUUUCAAAUAUGUCAACGCCUAUACAAAUGACAAGCAUACCAGUGUCAUCUAUAUUAGAUGUUGUCUUCCCAUCACAACCAGAUUCUGAUAAUUUUUCGUUGUCUAAAGCAAUGGCUGCUUUACAUACAGCAAAGUCUGGUGCUUUUUGCCCCAGUAAAGACUCAGUCUAUUCAUUAAAACCUGCGCCAAGUAAAAUCAAUAAAUCUGUCGAAGUGCAAACGUCUUUGGCAGAUCUUCUGGAUGAAAUAGAUGUUAAUGUGGUAUUGGAAAGCGCAGUUAGAAGAUGUACUCCAGAGAGAAUUCUUAUGCAUUAUAAGAAUAAGAUGAGGCAUGUACCACAGAUGGAUUUGGAAACAGAAACCAUAAGAAUGCUUGCUACAGAGAACAGACCAAACAGCAAUGAAACAACCUUAAAAUACGCUUGCCGCGCCUGUGGGCUUAAUAAAGUUUUACUACGGCUUCCUGACAUCUUUGCUGCUGAGAAACAAUUUUUUGUUAAACUAUUGAAUGCCUAUCGACAAAAGAUAAAAACCAGCGAUUGCAUGAAUAUUCUCGAUUUCGAUGAAGUGAAAGAAGCCGUUUGCCAAAAGUGUGCGUCUUCUGAGCUCGCAGAGAUGUUGUCGAAGAAACUGAAAGAAGAAGAGCAGGAAGGAAUAAGGAAACCUAUGACAGAAUUGUCCAGUUUGGAUGCUAUGUUGAAGAGAAUGCCGAUAGAUGUAAUUAUUAGUCACACAGUGGCAAACGAUGAACUCAUUCCAUCACGUCUGGUUUUGGAUAUAGCUUUACAGAACAACAGCUCCAGUGAUAUAGCAAAGGCAUUGGAGUCUCAAUCCUCCGAUGUCACUAAGAACGUUUUUUAUAAAUUGUGGUCCGACCAAUCUGCAGCUGAGUGCAUAGCCGAAUGUAGUAAAUCCGAUGAAGGUUUGCUGAAAAUUUUCAGAGCUGUUGCCUCAAAACUGAGCGAGAAAGAUCUUUUGCAAGCAUUUUACGAAUGUAUGAAUUCCAAGGUAAAGGUAAAUGAUACAAAGUAAAAUUCAAGUGUUACGUCAGACCGGUUUGUCGUUUACGUAUGUUUCUGAUGUUCAUUAUACCAAUAUUGACUAUAAUCACAUUCAGUUUCUUUUUUCUACAAUAUCCUUAUUACUGGCAUAUAUUAUACAUUCUUAGAGUUAUUGAACUAUAUUUCAUAGAUAGCUCCGUAUGAAAAUGGUAAUGCAUUAUAGUUUAGCAUUUAAUUAUUGAAUUGAUUAGGGUAUUGUAUGUUUUAAGAGAAACAGAAUCAGCUUUGUUGCUAACAUAGAUUGACGUUUUCUCAUCCGCAAGUCAAAUAUGUACUGGAUACUGGCAGCAAUAUUUGACAUGAGAUUAUUAUUGAUUAUAGCAACUGUUAUAUUUCUUUAUAAAUGUCUGUUGCUGACAAAAUAUUCACUCUUUAUUCAAACACAUUAGAAUAGAAACAUCUUUAUUUCUUUUUUGAAAUAGUAAAAUAAAUUCAAGACACCAACUGUAAUAGCUUGUUUAUUAAUAUCUUAUAACUUAAGUUAAGUACCAAACAAAAAGUAAAAUUAAAGUAAGAACUUGUUGGUCCUCUAAGAGUAUUAAUACAUUUGAUAAACACGUCACUUUUGUUUCUUGAGAAGUAGUUAAUCAUUGUAUACAAUAAUAAAGUUACUGUAGCAGUGUUUUUAAGUCAAAAUUCCAAAGAUUUGACCAAAACUAAAGUUAUUGUUUAAGAAAUCCGCCCAACAGAUAUAUGUUUGAGUUCCAUUGAUUGGCAUGUAGUACUUAAAAUUGUCUGGACAGUUGGUUUUCAUAAUAUUUAAAAACACGAUAUUGUAAAUAUUAUACCGGCACUAAAUAUAGUAAUGUUUCACAAAAAACACUA